AUGCGUAAUGGUGGGCGGGCGGGUUCGGUGACGUACAUCUCGUCAUCCAGCGACGAUGAUGACAGUAAUAACCGAGAAUGCCACGACAACGUCGUGUGCGGAGGCGAGUCACAGGAAACACGGCACUCAACGUCUCGAAGAGAUGAAGUAGGAGCUGGAGAGCCUCCCCAAUCAACAAACAAGCCACGGACGAGUGUGAUCUCUGGGGACACGAAAAAUACAUCUUCUUCCUUGGCAAGUAAAGAGUCGGUCACAGUGCAAUUGCAAACGCCCUUCAUGCGUACUGAAUGGGGCCCUGGAACGCAGGUUCUUUUUCUGCCGGGUCCAGUACUCCCUUCAGAGGCUGCAUCAGCCACGGCGUGGGAAUUGGGGAGGGUUGUUGAAUUCUCGCCGACUGCCACCACCGGUAAGAGGGCCGGUGAGAAGACCAAAGAAAUCAGCGAUGGCGUUGUUAUUGUAGAACGGGUUGGCCGAGGGGGAGCUUUGGAUGGGAGUCGUAUCCAGGUUAAUUUGAAAUGCAUGCGACGUUACAGUUAUGAAGGCUCACCAUUAGACCUCAAUGAUUUUUCUACAUUAACUGAGCCGAGCGAUGCUGUUUUGUUGUAUGCUUUGCAACAACGAUAUUUUGGUGGGCUACACUACACUUUUACCGGCCGGGUCUUGUUGGCAUUAAAUCCGUACCAGCGCACGGUUUAUCCUCCUCAUGCCCCCCAUCCAAAGGACAUAGUGGAGUCAGUUAAAGAAGCCCUUUGUGCGGUGAAAAGCUGCUCAACGAAGGGAGAAAGUGAGGGUAAUGAAUUUGGUUUAGAAUCAGAUGUGGAUGCCGUGGAGCCCCCGUGUCCAGUGGCUCUUGUCGUGACAGGCGACAGCGGGGCGGGUAAGACGGAAACCGCGAAAUUUGUUCUUCACCAUCUUCUUGGUCAGAUGGCGUUUGACAAGGAAAGUGAUUUUUCUUCUUCUUAUGAAGUUACUGCGUCGCAGCGGACCAUAUGUGGACGCAUGUUGCAUGUUCUUGACGCAGCGAAUUGUCUUCUUGAGUCUUUUGGGAACGCUUUGACGCCUCUUAAUGACAACUCUUCCCGGUUUGCGAAAUGUGUCACGACUUAUUUAAACCCGCGCACUGGAGAAGGAGUUGGUGCCAAAGUUGAGUGCUAUCUAUUGGAGGUGUCACGCUUAUUGGCUCGUGUACCGGGUGAGUCGACUUUUCACAUUUUCAGCAUGCUGUUUGACGGAAGGUACGGCUUAACACCCGAGGAGCGAAAUAGCUUUGACACGUGGGACCCGAUUCUCUUCCGUGCUAUGCAUUCUGGCUCGAACGAACUUUGUCUCAGCUUUCCACCGUACACACUCUUUCAGUUUCGUGUGGCACUGAGGUCGGUUGGAUUUAGCGAUGAUAAGGUGGCGAUGGUUUUGCAGGUUCUGUGUGGCAUUCUCUAUCUCCUGAAUAUCGAAUUUACAGCUCGUGAUAUGUUUGCCCCCGCUUCUGUCUCUCCCGCGUCGAUGUCUGCAUUGGAAAAGGCGUCAAAUCUACUGGGAUUUUCUUUUACAGAGGACCACCGCUCUUUGGAGACGCUUUUAACGACGGUACGGCUUGGAACCGAUCUCCGGGAGUUGCACUGUGGGGCGGCUGAGGUGGCUCGAGACUCCACCGCGAAAUAUCUUUACGAGUCGCUUUUUCAGUACAUCUUGCGCCACAUAAAUGAAGCGCUUCUUCCAUCAAACACUGCAAUGGAAACUGUUUGCGCUGAGUUUACAAUUCUGGACAUUUUUGGAUUUGAAUUCAAGGAUGAGAAGUGUGGCAACAACGAUCUGGAGCAGUUAUUGAUCAACUACACGAACGAGACUUUGCAGCGUUUGUACGAGGAGACCACAUUUGAUAGUUUGCUCGCUGAGGCAGCGCAAGAGGGUGUUGAUAUUGAUUGGCCAUCCGAAUGGAAUCAGGAGCGUGUUCCCACGCUUGAACUCCUGGUACAACGUCCUCGAGGAGUGUUGAACAUCAUUAACGACGACAGUGUUCUCGCUCAGCGGUCCCGUCAGGAAGGUGGUGCCAACUUAGCCGCAUUAUUGACUUCACUACAAAAGUCUUUUCCUGGUUUGAUACGGCCACACCGAUCAAGUCCCUCCAAAGUAUCUCUCCAACACUUCUGUGCCACUGUGGUUUAUGACACCAGCAAUAUGUCAUCAAAGAAUCGAAUCUCCACAGCGGCGGAGUCAACGUGCGCUGCAAGCAGUAAUGAAUUUGUUCAAGAGAUUUGUGGUGCCUUUUUGGCGAGUUCCACAGCAGAGGGUUACAUGCCUCUUGUGGGUAAUAACACGAAGGGAGCAACUCCAAGAUCACACGCCACCACCAUUAUUGCACAGUUUCGCUCUCAGAUAGAAUUACUUAUGACGAGGCUAAAGGCCUCCAAUAUCUUCUGGAUUAGAUGCAUUAAACCAAAUAGAAAUAAAAGUCCGCAUGAAUUUGACUCAGAACUUGUCUUUUCGCAAUUAAAGUACGGUGCUAUUUUGCGUUCUGUCAUGCUGUUUGGGCAGGGGUACUGUCACAGCCUAAAAUAUAAAUUGCUUGUGAAAAAAUAUCUUUUCCUUGCAGUGCGAGGCUAUUGCUGUGAUGCCUUUCAGCACGGUAUCUUCAGGAAACACCUUGAUUUCUCUGGUUCACGAGGUGAAGAAGGAAAACCACCUUUACGCCGUCCCUAUUCCGAUAAACAAACACGACUAAAACAUGGUACGGCUUUUAAUGCUGCCGUCUACAGUGCACGGUUUCGAGAGGCUUGUGUGUUAGCGACGGAGUUUGUCCCGUGCUGUAUGGAUGGUGCGUUGUUGCUUGGAAGCAGCAAAGUGUUUCUACGCUCGAGCACACUCCGGGCGCUGUUGGCACUGGGCAAAUUGGCAAAGGAGGAGGCAUCCCAAUGGAUAGGAAGAGUUGGGCGUGGCUUUAUGGAGCGAAGAUCUUUGGCGGUUGCACGGCUUCAAUACAUGAAUGAGAAACGUCUGGCCGGCAUCAGAGAGCGCAUAGCAGCAGAAUUGCCACAACGUGAGGCUCUGGAGCGAGAACGAGAGGCGUUGCUGGCGCGGGCUUCUGAGGGGCGUGCGGAGCAUUUGGCUUUCUUGUCACGCCAGGCGAUGAGGUCUUCGAAGCGUGUUGAGCGAAGUUGGAAGGAGACGAUGAAUUUGCUGACUUCAGAGCUUACCAAGGCAAUUGGGGAGAUGACUGCGUUUGACAAGGCACGAAUGGAGAAGGAGAAGGAGGUCCGGGAGGAGGCAGCGAUGCGGGAAUCCUGCAGGAGACGAAUAAAGUACAAUAUGAGUCGUGAGAAGUUGAGGCGCGAGGUCAAACAUCACCAUCUGAUUGAAACACAGCGUGAAAAGACACGAAAAGAUGAGGUGACCCGCCGCAGCCGAGCGGAUAUCGACGCAGAGCGUGAGAAGGUUAUACGCGAGGAGAUCGUCAAGGCCCGUCAGCUGCAGCUGAGAGUGGAACAAGAGGUGCUGGUGGAACAGCGCAGGCGGGCGCUUUUGUCAAGGGAGCGGCAGGAAGCCAGGCAAGUACGGCUUCAUUUGGGCAAGCAGCAAAGACGUAUAGCCGAUCGAGUACGUUUGAAGGAAGAAGUUAGGCAGCGGCGUCAGGCCUCGCAACUUUAUUUGCCGUCACGAUCUUUUCCUUCUCCGGAAAUUUCAAGUUUGGGCUUUGGGGGUGUGGAGAAGACUGCAACGGAUGUGACCGUUGAAGACUUUGCAGCGCUUGGGCUGGUGAAGACCCCUCUAUCAGGAGGAACUCGAAGAAAAUUGUAUGCUUCACAGUCUCUUCCCACUCAACGAGAGUUGAAUUCAAGCACCACUGUGGACGAUCGCGACCCGGAAUUGGAAUGGAUUGUUCAGAAAGACAUGAUGACACUCUGGGAGUCCCUGCAAGACGGGUUGAACACCUGA